AUGAUGAGAACAACGACGCGCCUGUUAUUCAGCUCGCUUGACGCGACUUACAAAGUCAAACUCAGACAACCCAAAUCGGCUACAUGGUCCGCCCUGCUCCUUGAGACUGUCGCUGGUGGAACAUGCUGCAUUCACGAUCAUCAGAGCGAGAUGGGGCUCACCAUCCCGGCGCGCCCAACGCCGUCCCGAGAUGAUCGUCAUGACGCAUGGACAGGCAUACCCCUUGGCGCAGCCUACUUGUUGCUAACUCUGCAGGUUGGACGUUGUAAACGCGCGUUGAAAUUACGAAGAGACAAUACAGCUGCGUUCAUGUGCCUCGCUCCAAACCUCCAAAGUGAUGCGAAACACCCCUUUGACGUCAUGCCUUUUGCCCCCACGCCUGUGGCAGAAUAG